AUGCCAUCUCUUAUGAAAUAUCUGUCAGUUUUGUUUCCUCUGGUGUCAUUAGCCUUAAGCUUAGCAAUUCCAAACGGCGGACCAAUAUUCAGUUCUCGAAAAGAUACCGUAGAAUACGAAAAUUUAUUCGAUAGAGAAAGCCGUUUAGAGAAUGAUGCGAUAGAUAUCCUUAGCCAACAGCUCAAUAACCCAACUCGACUCUCAGAUAACAUUGUGGAAAGGGUUUUGAAAAUAAUCAUAGACUCACAUCUACGACGCACUCUCUAUCGUGAAAAAAUGGUCGAACGGGUUCCAUCAGACACAGUCAUUAAUACUCCAGGAGUGGAAUACAUAGCGGGUCUUGGGGCAAGAUACAUGGAAAAAUUGAUUCAUCAUGCUCGACAGAUCAAGUCAGAUGAUGUCAACCUUGUUGAGGCUGCGGAGCUCUUGGGCAAGAUCGAGGACGAUCAAAGUAGGAUCGAGGCUGUUGAUGAUUUGAUUUUCUCAAUGGCCGUCCCAAGUCAUGAAGAUAGUGUCUCUACCCCUACGCCGUGCGCUGAAACUCCAUCAAUUGAGAACCAGAAUGAAGCAGAGCCGGAAGCGGUAGAUGAUGGACAAGACUCCGAUGGGAGUGUCGGCCUUGUGUUUGCGGAGUCACCGUCGAAGGAUACAAAUAUAAUCAACAAGAAGGAGUAUGAAGUGUCCAGUACAUCGACGACCUCACCAGAUGAGUUCGAAGAAUACAAGACCGAGGUGAUAGCUUCCUGGGAAUGA